GAGGCGAGGGGCCCUCGGCGCCCCCUCCUCCUCAGUGGGCGCCGGCUUGCCCACGAUGUCCCUCCUGGCGCUGCUGCACCGAGUGCGCACCAACGAUUUCUCGCUGAAGCGGCUGGUGAUAGACGACAUCCUGCUGUUCGACCUCGGCCUCAGGGGGACCCAGGUCGACAUUGCUGGCAUCGCUCUCGCCAAUGCGCUGAAGGUCAACGGCGUUCUGGAGUCGGUCAUGGUGGAGAGCCUUGCCGUCGGGGACACCGCCGGCGUCGCGUUUGCGGAGGCCUUGAAAGCCAACCAGAAGGUCAAAGCCUUGCAGCUCACUGGCGGGCUGCUGAGCAACACGACCAUGGCGGCGCUGGCGGAGCUCCGCCGACACCUCGCAGCUCUUGACAGUCAUCAGCGCGCAGAAGCAAGUGUUGCGGGGCCUCGUCGGGGCGGUUCUCGGAGCGGCUCGCCCCUUGCCCUUACC